ACCUGAAUCUUCACUUCGGCCGUCAUCCAAUAUUCUAGCAGUAACUGUGUUUAAUGUUGUCUCUGUUGUUGCCAUAGUCUAUUUCUCUACCAAUAUACAUAUAAAUGAGUUUUAAUAUAAUUUCAAAACAUAUACCAUGUAAUGUCAUAUUGAAUAUCGGUAAUGUGGGUGACACUUGCUUUGUCCAACGAAGAUGCUCAUUGAAUUAUUAAAUUCAAAUUGUCUGAAAAUCCUGUUUAAAUCUCACGUUAAUAAUUGUGUAAGAUAUCUAAGACGUGAACAUUGUCUUAAUUUUAUAUCUACAUACAAACAGUCUGACAUUUCCAAUCACAUAGUACAAUAUUCAGUUUCCAGCUCUAAAAGUGAAAUGGAUCUCAAAAAGGUCAUCAACAAGCUGAAUGAUUUUGCCAAUAUUAGUUUGGCAGAAAACUGGGAUAAUGUAGGUUUGCUGGUUGAGCCGAGUCCACCCCAUGUUGUUAAAACUAUAUACCUGACAAAUGACCUAACCGCUGCUACACUGGAUGAAGCGAUUCAGAAGAAAGUUGGUCUGAUCGUGUCGUAUCACCCUCCAAUAUUCACACCACUUAAGUGCCUUACACAGCAGUCAUGGAAAGAGAAGUUGAUAGUGAAAUGUAUUGAGAACAGGAUUGCUGUCUAUUCCCCACACACAAGUUACGAUGCUUUACAAGGAGGAGUCAAUGACUGGUUGAUUCAAGCAUUUGAGUUAAAAUCAGUGAAGCCAAUUCAACAGACAUAUGCACACAGUGGUGAUUUUAGCCACCAGGUUGACAUCACAAUAAAUGCUGACAGGCAGUCCGAUCUCAUCUCAGUGCUAGAGUUGAAAUCCGAGAAAGAGAAGACUUUCACAUUAGUCAGGCACAAUGCUGAAUCGGCUGAGAACAUUCUUUGCAGUGUUUUGUGCAGUAGAUGUGAUCUUACAACCGUCUUCACUGAAAUUAAUUCUUUUAAGUCGGACAUCAUAUCUGUUGAUUGCAGAGAACUUGGAAAGGUUCCACUACCUGGAUAUGGCAUGGGAAGAAUUGGUUCUCUGCAGUCGCCAAUUACCCUGGACGAGGCUGUGCGUCUUGUGAAGAAACAUCUUAAUCUUGACCACGUCCGCAUGGCAAGUGUUUCAGAUGCUGGCAAGAUUUCCAAGGUUGCCGUUUGUGCUGGGUCUGGUGCCAGCGUAAUGAGAGGAGUGAAGGCUGACCUGCUUGUUACCGGAGAAAUGUCGCACCAUGAGGUGCUCAAUGCUGUCAGCAAUGGGUCGAAUGUCAUCCUGUGUGAACACAGCAACACAGAGCGGGGAUAUCUGAUUGUUCUGAAGCACCAGUUAAAGGAAUUUUUGUCUGAAGAAAUAGACGUGAUCAUAUCACAGACGGACAGUGACCCAUUGAAAGUUGUCUGACAGAAAUGUUGUGCGUGUACUAGGGUACGAACUGAGUACAAACUCGAAACAGCCAUUGUUAACUUUUUGUCUGAAAAAUAUGAUUAUAUUAUAAACAGUGUUUCAUCUGAUACAUAAUAAUUAUCCUUUAGAAUAUGAAUAGAUCAUAAAUAUAAUGUAAUAGCUACAGUUUGAUGUUUACAACUUUACAUAAUAAAUUUACAUCAUUAAAUGCGAGCAGAGGAAAUCCUGAAAAUGGUGUUACACGAAUGUUUUGAGACAUAUGCAAAAUAUUUGUCAUAUUUGUGGUAGAAGUAAAUAUCACAGACCUAUAUUCUGCUAAAUUAAUAAUUAUUUCAUUAUAGGGUUAAACCAUGUAGAAUGGUUAACAAAUUAUCACUGGCCAAACUGUCAGUACAAAAAUGUAUGUGACAACAGGAAAGAUAAAAUAAAAUCAUACUAUAGAUGAU